CGAUGAUGGCUUAAAUUUAAAGGUCAGCCAUUGUGAAAUUUGCUCGCAGUUUAUUGGCAAGUUGUAAGCGUCAACUUCGGCUUACACGCGACUGUUAAGUUGUAAAAACCGAAAUUAAAAGAGAAACGUGGUGAAAAUCGAAAUGGCUAAAUUCUCCGCAACAUUGUACAAUCUCGUUCUCAGGCGAACGUCUACCUAUACGUUGGCUAUUUUAGUUACUGCGUUCAUGUUUGAAAGAGGUUUUGAUGUAGCAGCGGAUAAAAUAUUCGAUAGUAUUAACAAAGGGAAACAAUGGAACGACAUCAAGCAUAAGUACGAGUAAUGAAUGGAAUACUUUUGGGAGAUUCUAUGUUAGCUUUCCUUAAUAUAUAUGCCGCCUCCAGACAU